CACGGAGGAGCCAGACUGCCAGACCAGGAGGAGCUCAACCACUUCCCACUUCGGCACUAUGAAAAAGGAGCAAGGAGGGCAAUCGCGUAAAAUCUCUUCUCCAUCAUCAGCCUGAGACAGAUUGUAAAUUGCCUAUCUGUUAAAGGCCCACGCGAGUUUUAGAUGCCAGGCGUACUAGACGUGCUUGUGCCACGGUGCUGCUCGUGAUAAGAUGAGAUAAGUCAUAUUUGGCAAAAUGUCGACCCGGAGCGAAGAGACUGUGUUUGCCUCUGGCAAACUGAUUUUUCCAAACCCAAAAGAAGAUAAGCUGGAUACACUAGAAUUCCUUGAUGCAGCCAAGGGCGUCGUCACCCUUGUUGAACUUUUCGGCACACUUUUUGCAGUCGUGAAAUCUGACAUGAAUGGAAACAUUCAGAAACUGACGAAACAAUAUCAGAAAAACCCCGCCAGCCACUCGACUCUCCAUGACAUGAUAAUCGCUGAAAAGCAGCAGGGUGGAGUUUACGCCACAGAUGCACUCCUUUGGCUCAAAAGAGCUUUGCAUUUCUUCCAAGUGUUUCUGGAAGGCAUCCUUACAGACUCGCAGAAUGGGAAAGUGGAAGAAGACGUGUCCUCGCAUUUGAGUAAUGCUUACAAGAUCACGCUGGAGAGAUUCCACAAUUUCCUUGUCAAAAAGACAUUCAACUUUCUGUGCGGUCGGUGUCCCCACAGAAGCAAGUUGGUGCUGACCAUGUCUCUAGGCGUCGAGGGCCGCGAGGAGGCGGUCAUCCAGGGACUGGACCCUGUUGUCAGCAGCUUGAAGCGCACCAUUGAAGUGAUCGACAAGCUCUAUGUGGAUAAUGGCCUCGAUCUUGAGGCUGGUGCUUGACCUUCCCCACCGAGUCAGCUUUUUUAACUGAUUAAUUCUUGUUGUGUCAUUUACACAUUUAAUACUUUUGAUUCUAACCGUGUUAUUGGGACCCAAAUUAUUUAAUAAUUGUCGGUGCGUUGAUCAUUUAUCAUUUUAGCGAAAUUUUAAGAUUUUGAUUGCUUUGAUUAAUUUUAAUUAGGAACGUAGUUUAAGAUUUGAGCUCAAAAAGCAUGAAAAGCCAUGGAAAAUCAGCCUACGCAAUCAGGGUAUAUUUUUGUAGAGGAAUGUGGUGCAAACCUGUGUCAAAUUUUUAGUUGGAACCUCCGCGACAUUGCGCAGAAUGUGAUUUAGCUAAUGGGCCUUACGGGAGUGCCUCCAGCUUCAGUGUUUUUCCACGAAUCCAAUUAUAUAGUAUCAGGCUGUUAAUUUAUAGUAGAUUGUAUUACAAAAUCAAAACUGCGUUAGUGUGUUUCACUCAGCAUUGUGAUGUUUCAUUGAUUUGUAAUGAUCACCAAUGAAGGUUGUUAACAUGUUAAAAGUCUAAGAAUUCAUGUGUAUUUAAGUGAAUUAUUAAAGCAAAUAUUUACAAAAACGCCAUUUCAACAAAACUAAAA